AUGGCGCACAUGUGCAGGCAGCUGAGCGGCGGCGCGGCGAGCUGCGCGGGCUGGGUCGGCAUCAUCGUGGCCACGGCGACCAGCGACUGGGUCCGGACCUGCGACUACGCGCUGGCCACCUGCGUGCGCAUGGACGAGCUGGGCACGCGCGGCCUCUGGACCGAGUGCGUCAUCUCUCCCGCGCUCUAUCACUGCGUGGCGCUCAGCCAGCUCCUGUCCCUGCCAGCCUACGUCCAGACGUCUCGCGCCCUGAUGAUCUGCGCAUGUCUGCUGGGCCUCCCCGCGAUGCUGCUGGUGCUGAUGUCGAUGCCCUGCGUCAGGCUGCAGAACGACACCGCCUCCAUCAAGCAGCGCCGCGCAUGUGUGGGAGGCGUCCUCUUCAUCCUCAUGGCUCUGUGCGGCGUCGUGUCGACCAUCUGGUUCCCCGUCGGCGCCCACCGGGAGGAGGGCCUGAUGUCGUUCGGCUUCUCGCUGUACACCGGCUGGGUCGGCGCCGGCCUUUGCCUCCUGGGCGGCGCCGCGAUCCUGUUCUGCCGCGGCAUCGAUCCCGGUUACCCGAGCCGGGACGACAGCUUCUACUACUCCAGGCAGGGCGCCACGGCCACGCCGCCGGACGCCCACGGCAACCACGCCAAGAGCGAACAAGUGUGAAUCCGAUUCUGUCUUCUUUCUUUUUUCUAUAGUCGGACGAUUUUACAUAAUUUUUGAAACGGUAAACUUUAAUUUUUUUAUUUUAUUUUGCUUUAAAUUGCAUGAUUUCGAAAUAUUCCCUAAACUACAGAAAAUGUCAAGUUUAAAUCUAUCGUUUAGAUACCA